AUGCAGCUUCAUCUUCAGGCUUUGUUGUCGCUGUAUAGGUUCUUUGCUUCUGCUCUGAUUUCUGUAUCUUUGCCUGUUAGGAAAAAGAUGUUGAUCGGUGGUUCUGUUACUGCAGCUGCCUUCUCAGAUAGGCUCAGUGCUAAACAACUCUCUGCUGCUUCAGAGGGGUUUUAUUGCUGUGAAGCAUUCCUAUAUAAGAGCCUUUCUCUCUGGGAUGACCUCUGUUGUCAGUCACAGUUCCUUCCGCUUGUGAGCUGGAUUAUUUGCUGUAGCUUCUCUGAGAGAGAACUGGGCGGAUCCAUGAGCUCUGUGUCUAAACUGCUCCACUAUGUAGGGUGGCUGUCCACUACUGCAGUGCACGUGGAGAGCAACAGAACUUUCUUACUGCACUUUAUUUUGGAUUUCUGUGAGAAGGUGUGUGACAUAUAUAUAAAUUAUAACCUUCCAUUGGUGGUGUCUCUUCCUGGGAUCUUAUAUUCUGCACUCUUCAGCCUGGAUGCCAGCAUCCUGAACCAGAGGUGUUUCAUUAUAUGCAGGUAUCGUAAAAAUCUGACUGCCGCAAAGAAAAAUGUUUGGUACAAAAGCGAGAAUGCCAUGAGGAAAGCUAGCGUGGCGCACAGUAAAUCCAGCAACGAUAUGGAGAGCCAUGUUCCUGAAGGCCAAGCCCCAAGUAAGACCUUAGCGGGUGGAGCCCCUCUGCCAGAGAGGCUUGGAAAGGAGAGUGUCACAGACUCUGGAAUCCUUCUCUGGGGGGUCCUAGGGAGUGUGGGUGGGGUGGUUGCUCAUUGAUUGAUCACAGGAAGUCGGGGUGGGGGCGUUGCACAUUGGUUGAUCACCAGGAGUCGGAGUGGGGUGGUUGCUCAUUGAUCACAGGCACAGCUGGCUUUGCCUGCAGCACUCUGGGUGCUCCUGUGUGUCCAUGGUACAGGGAGGACACUUGGGAUGCAGGCCCAGCCUCUGGCCCCAGACCUCACAGCCAGCACCUUCCAUCUGUGGUGAGCCCCUGUGAAUCCUACAGAGAGCUCACUUAGACCCCCAGUUGCUCCUGUGGAAGGGAUCAGUGUCGUGAGCAAGAAUCUCGUUUGUUCUCAGCCCCUCCGAGGGGUCCUUACCGAAGCCCCACAGUGCCCUGAGGCAUGAGCCAGAAGCAUCCUUGUCCCUUUUUGCUAAGUUAUCUAGAAGAAUUCAUCCCGGGUGGAGUAGAGGAUAAGGGUUUCUACCACAUAGGCUCUCUCCCUGGGCCAGCACCACACUGAGGGCCUGAUGUGACCACUUCCCUUCAUCUGUGUGUGCUCCCUGGAACAGAACCGUUUUACCAGAAAUGAAUGAAACAUACAAGCAGUUGUGUGCCCCUGUGUGUGCAAGAUAGAGCUGCAAGAGCACAGGGGCUGAGGUGGGUGGAGUGGGCUCUGUCUAUGCAUGCAUGUGAUAAGCUUUUUCUUUAAGAGCAUUAUGUAAUUCACACUUCAAGGUUUACGUGUCUGUGGUCUUUAGGAUAUUCACAGAGUUCUGCAUCUGUCAUCAAAAUCUAAUUUUGGAAUAUUCAUUAAUAAAUAAAUAAAUAGAAGUGCAGCUUCACUGUGUUGCCCAGGCUGUUCUCAAACU